AGUUAUUAGAACAAUAGUUGAUGUUUUGGAUUUGCAAACAAUAGACUCCAUUCAAUAGCAAUAUCGAAGUGUGUGUAUACUAUGUUUUCACUCUAUCUAAAUUGAAAAUCACUAAAUGAAGACAAAAAAUAUUUAAAUUUUGCUGUUUAAUUAUUAGAUUUCUUUAUUUAUUACAUUGUCGCACGCUAUCGCAAUAUAAACACACGUAAAUUUUUGCAACAUUUUGGCCACAUUAAAUCAAUUAAAUAUUUUGAUUCCGUAGUGACCAAAAACCGCAUCACACACGAUUAAAGAAAUAAAAAAAAAAUUCAAAUUAGAAAGCAAAGCAAAAAAGAACCGAAUUAGUUUAUUUCUAUUGAAACAGAGCAGUGAAAACGGUGAAUUUUUUUCUCGUUAGUCUGCGACCGACAGAUAUUUUUACGAUUGUGUAAUCAUAAUAAUAACGCUGUGCCAAGUAAAUGAAUGUUAAAGAUAAAUCAAAAGCUCAUCAUUCGACUCCGAAGGAAAAAACUGAAUAAUUGUAAAAGUGAAUUCAGAAACGAAACCGAAUUGUUUUCAUUGAUCGUUUAAAAAGUGGUUAAUUUGAAAUUGUAUCCAUAAUAAAGGAAAAAGGUGAAAAAAAACCGAGUGUGUAUGUGUGCUUGUAAAAGAAAGGCCAAUACAUAAAUAAUCGAAAUUCGAACAUUUUCAUAAAUCGACGCGUGACCAAAAACAAUAUCCAACAAUGACACCACCAUCAUCACCACAAAGUGCACAAAAUGCUCAACCACAGCCAGCUGGGACGCUCAAUCAAAAUACCGUUAGCUCAUCAGUGGUGCUAAAAAGUUUAUCAAUCCUUUUGGGAUUUUUCUUCAUAUUCAUUGGUACCAUGAAAAUAACGCCAUAUAUCAGCAAGGAAUUGCACAAAGAUUUGCGAAAGGAGUAUGUGAAAUAUUCAAAAGUAUUUCCAUUGGCGGAUGUAUUUGACAUAAAAAUUCCAUCAAAAUGGUAUCGACGAGUCGUUGGUGGAUUGGAAGUAGGGAGCGGCUUGGUGAUGGCACUUAUUCCGAAUUACAAAAUAAAGAAUGCUGGAAAUAUUACGUUGCUUGCGUUGAUGUUUUUGUCAAUCUACAAUCACUAUAUGGUUAGCGAUGCGUUUGAACGAAUUGGACCGGCGUUGGUGUUCACAUUCAUGCUUACCGGCCGAUUAGUCGUAUGGUAUCAGAUCAGCCGACGAGAGGCAAAAUUAAAUGCCGCUCAAGCUCAAGCAAAUGGAUUGAAACAAGACUAAGAUAACCACUCACAAACAAACAAACACACACACACAUAUUUAUACAUAUACUAUAUUGAUAAUAUCUCAUAUGCCAUGUGGUAAUUUCAUUAAACAAUGUAGAUUUGAAUUUUGAUAACAAGAGUGAAUUUAUCGAGUGUGAGAAUGGAUUGAAAUUAAGAAUUUGAUUUAAGCAAUAUCGGCUAAAUAGGUAGAUUUUGAUAUAUUGAUCAAUACAGACGAACUGAUUUAUAUUUUUCGACAUAAAGUGCACGCACAUUAUUUCCCUACCAAAACAAAAACAAAAUGCUCAACUUCAUGGGGUAUUUAUUUAAAAAAAAAAUCUUUACCAUAAAAAUAUAUAUCUCAAAUUGUAGUUCUUUCCUUUGAAUUUCUGUGUUCAUUUUUUUUUCAUCACACAUAAACCUCAUUUGAAUCAUUUAAAUUAGUUAAUCCAAUUGUACCAAAUAUUAAUAUUUAGUUUCGUCGUACGAUUAUUAAAUUAUUUAUUUAUUUAUUUUUGUCACUAUUUAUUUGAAUAGAGAAACCCAAAGAUUGCAAGUUUUAACAGUUGUGUGUUUUGUCUUUCCAAAGAAUUCAGCAAUCAUUGAAUAAAAAUCUUUUAAGUGAAUCGAUUAUUUUAGAAUGUAAUACGCAAACUUACCGAUUUGCCAGAGAAAAAGUAAACGACAUUUUGUUUUAAAAAGAAAACAGUAACGUAUCUCAUUUCGAAAUGAUUAAAUUAACGAACUUACCGUUGUCAAUCUUACUUACGAGAUUCACAUUAAGGUAUAGUUAAGUGUUAAGAUCCCAAUAUUGAUUUACUGUGUCAAAGAAGAGUGAACAGUUUUUUUUUUUAAUUAAGUAAGAUGAAUAAAGAAAAUUUAUAGUAUA